AUUUCUGAAUACACGAAAUUGGAAGCCUUCCUCGUCGCGUUCUUGACAGAACUGAAAUUCAGUCACCGAUUUCCUCUGCGUUUGGCGGAAAUUGUUGUUGUUCUCUCUAGAUUUUCCGCCGGCGCCGUCAAAUUUUUUUUUUUUUUAGCGGGGAGUGAGCUUAGAGCGAGUGUUGGCUCGUGAAUACAAUAGUAGAGGCCUUUCAUGGACCCUUCUAUAAUGAAGCUCCUCGAGGAAGACGAGGAUGAGACGAUGCAUUCGGGUGCGGACGUCGAGGCUUUCCAGGCAGCUCUCAAUCGGGAUAUUGAAGGUCACGCUUCCAAUUCUCAGAACGAAGCUCAUAACACGGUUCUUCCAAGCGAAAGCAACCUAGGUUCCUCUCAGAAAUCUCAAAGUUGGCCAUCAAUGGGACAAGAUCAAGUUCCGUCUGGCUCAAGCAACCAGGGGCCACAAAAUGUAUCACUACAACAACAGUUAUCAGAUCAACAGCAACAACAACAAAAAAAGCAAUCACCUAUGAUGACAGAUCAACAGUCAUCGGUAGUCGAGAAACAGCAACAGCUUAAUGAUGUGCCCCGGGGACAAAAUCCCCUUGCUUUUCAUAAGAACCAACCCCCAGAUGAGCAUCAACAGGUGAAGGUGGAACAUGUGCCCGUCCAACCUCCCCAGACAAGUGGGGCGCCGAUUUCUGAUAAAAAUCCCGCUCCAGCUGCUGAGCCGGGCAGAUUACAGAACCGCACUGGUGAAUCCCAAUUCGUAAGGAUGCCCCCACAGACUACAGCCACGGAACAGGCUGUUAACUCAAGGUAUCAAGGCAAGCACAUCCCAUUUGUGCUGUUGCUGCCUGCUUUAAAGCCCCAUCUUGAUAAAGACAGGGAGAUGCAGCUUCAGACUAUAUUCAAUAAACUAAAGAAAAAUGAAAUCCCGAAAGAUCAGUUCGUCAGGCUUAUGAGGAAUAUUGUUGGGGAUCAAGUGAUAAAGUUGGCACUAACCCAGUGGCAACAGCAGCAUGGAACCAACCAAUCCCAGUCACAGGCCCAAGCUUUAGCCCGUCAACCAAAUGCUAGGAUGCCUGUCAGUCCCUGUUCUUCUCAACUUAGUAGUUCCAAUCCAUCUGCACUUCAUCAAAAGGGAUCAAGUUCUUCCACCAACCCAACUUACAGUGUUCAUUCAUCAGUCAAACUGCAGUCUGAUCAUUCAACUCGUGCUCUUGCUGGAACCGGUACUCCGAAUUCCCGACAGGUGGAUUCCCGUGCAGUCAACUUCAGUCAAAUGCCUUUGUCCAUUGUCAAUCCAGAUAGAGAUGGCACUUCAAUUUCAACACAAGGGCACAAUAAGCAGCAGCAACAACAACAACAUCUACACUUCCCGCAGACAUCUUUCCCUGUGAAUGGGGGAGCUGGAAGCAAUUAUCCCACAUAUUCCGCUUCAGGAGGAACUUCUUUGAAGCCACAGCCUUCAGAGCAACAAACGAGGCAGAUUCCGCAUCAUCAAAGUGCAGGUAACUCUCAAGUGGGAACACACACCCAGGCAAUGAGCACCCUCAACGUGCCAAAAUUGGAGAGGCAAAGUCCGGCUGUUGAGUCCAAUAGAGUGCAGCGUGGUCCUAUAUCCCCUUAUCCAAGCAAGCCAACAUUGCAGCAAAAUUCAGUCCCUUGCCAGACAUCAACGAAUAAGGACCAAAAUCCCACCACUUUUUCACUAAUGAAUUCUGUGAAACCGGAAAUAGUUGAGCAGGCUGGUGAGCAACCACAGAAGUCCCAGUUCAGUAACAAUCAGGAGUCCUCUGGUGGUGCUGAACAAAGAAACACAACUAUGAAAAAUUCCAAGAAUGCCUCAGACAAGCAGCUCUCAAGUGUUCGGUCCUCGUCAGCCUCUGACGCAGUGCCACCAAAUGCAGUGUCCCGAUCUGUCACAACCCAGACUGACCACAGUAACCAGGGUCUCUCCAGGAUUCCUGCCGUAACUUCACCUGCUACUAUGAAUUCAAGAACACCUCCAAAGAAACCCUCCGUCGGGCAGAAAAAGCCACUUGAAGCAGUUGGAUCUUCCCCGGCUCCUGCAAGUAAGAAGCAGAAAGUUUCUGGGGCUCUUUCAGAUAAAAGCAUUGACCAACUGAAUGAUGUCACUGCUGUCAGUGGAGUUAAUAUUCAGGAAGAGGAAGAACAGUUGUUUUCCACAAACAAGGAGGACAGUCGAGUCUCCGAAGCAUCCAGAAGAGUUGUACAAGAAGAAGAGGAGAGGCUGCUUUUGCAGAAAACUCCUCUUCAGAAAAAAGUGGCGGAGAUCAUGACCAAGUGUGGUCUGAAGAAUGCUAGCAAUGAUGUAGAGAAAUGCUUGUCCUUGAGCGUGGAGGAGAGAAUGCGGAGUUUGAUAAAUAACAUGAUCAGAAUGUCGAAACAGCGGAUUGAUUUAGAGAAGUCCAGUCACAGAACUGUGGUUACCUCUGAUGUUCGGCAACAACUCGUGGCAAUGAACCAGAAAGCUAAGGAUGAAUGGGAUAGAAAGCUGGCUGAAGCAGAAAAGCUCCGGCGAGUAAAUGAACCUGACUCUGAUGAUGGAUCCGAAGACAAGGAAAAGGAAGAUGGGAGAGGAAAAGCACCCAAGUUGAGCAAAGAGGAGGAUGACAAAUUGAGAACGACAGCUGCAAAUAUGGCAGCCAGGGCUGCUGUUGGGGGAGACGACUUGAUGUCGAAGUGGCAGCUCAUGUCGCAAGCCCGGCAGAAACGAGAAGGUGGUCAAGAUGGGAGCCGCAAGGCCCAGUCAUUCUCUGGAAGGAAUGGCAGUCAAGAUGGAACGACAAAGCGCUUUGGUUCAGGAUCCUUUGGUGGUAGGAAAUUCGGGACAAGCCAGGUUGCAGGAGCACAAUUUAGGGAGGUCCGGAGUCUAACCAUCAAGGACGUGAUUGCAGUGAUGGAACGAGAGGCCCAGCUGUCGAAGUCGACUCUGAUCUAUAAGCUUUACGAAAGAAUCCGGUCCGAUCCGCCACCUGGAUGAUAGGUUCUGCUGCAGAUCCGUUCCUGCCGCCAUGGAUUCAGUCGGGGGGUUAAUUUGGUUGCAGAAUGCAGUUAGUUGCUUGUACUUAAAAGAGUAGUUGUUUUGUUUGCCGUUCGCCCUUGAACACACUGCUCUACUGAAGCUAGUUUAGAUGGUAAACUCCCGGUACCAAGAGUUGCUCUACUGUACAGAUGCUGUGCUGAUGCGUACCAAGAGUUGAGUAUUAUGCUCCAAGGCGUUUUCUGGUUUGCCUAAAACCGGAUCUUACGUUAAAUACAGCUCUUUUUUGAAUUAUAUCUCAAUUUCGGAACAGGAACUUCACGAUUCAUUAGAUGGUUGUCGCCAUAUACAUAUCCUUCUUUCAUAUUUCAUGGGUAGACAAAUUGAUCACACAUGUAAUACAUAAAGCUAAGCUGCUUCUCUCUCUUUCUUCGUGUCUUUGGAGUUGCAGGUUUAUUGUAGCUAUUCCACCAUUAUUACUUGGUGGAGAGAUGGGGGAAACAAGUGAAGACAUCAGACUUAGGAUGCUUGGCCUCGGCGUGCUCCCGACACUUGGCCUCCGACGUCGUGCAUAUGAACGUCUGCAUGCAAAUUUUGCACUGUAUAUCCCCCCGCCGGCCACCGCCACCGCCACAGACGCCGUCGCGGUAGAAACAGAGAAGCAAAACGUAUUAAUGACAGUAACAGAGCCUAGGUACCUGGAUGGUCAUGGCCUUCUUGUUGGACUGAAGCUGGCUUCCUUCACCCCACAUAUACAGAGAGACGCAUGUCAAUGAAUUUGGCUGGCAACUGAACUAGCUAGCUAGUUAAUGAAGCAAGAGUUGUUUGCAACGUACCCUUAUUGGCGGCCUUUUGGAGCUUCUCCAUGUUUCUCUCCCGAGCUGUUCUGGAUUUCUGCCCAUUCCCUCCUCCCAUUAUUUCCUCCUUUGAUGAAGAUGAACGAUGGUCUUCUUCUCCUUUGGUUGCUUGAUAUAGAUGCCAGGCAGGGGAAGACGCGGUUUCCGUAUUUAUAUAGACAAAAAAAAUGGAGGGAGAGGCACUAAGGAAAAGGGCAAAAGGAGGGAAAAGAUGCAAAACUAAGUGGAAGCCAGUUGAGUUGGGAUGGGCUCUAUUGCUUGACUAUUACUGUCAUGUGUCAAGGAGCAAAGGCCAACCAACUCACCAGCUAGCCCAACCGACCAUUUAUUAUGACUCGACGACUAAUAUUUCUGGUAAGCGUUGACUCUGCGUUGGAGGUGGUAUAAGAAAAGUUAGCGUGUAUAGUAUUUUUUUGUCGGAACUGUAGUUUAAUUGUGAUUCAGCUGUUUUGUACUUCUAAAAACUAUUUACUAGUUUAAACUCCGAUGGAAAGCUUUUCCGAUCGUACC